AUGCACUACACAGCUCUUUCCGUCGCAGUCCUGCUGCUCGACGCAACGGCCUUUGCCGCGCCUCACAAACCCAUCCGUCCACUGUCCCGUCGCCAAGCCAACCCCCUCGACGGUCUGCUAGGUGGUGCCGCAGGUGGUGGUCUUGGAAACCUCCUGGGAGGCGGUGCCGGCGGAGCUGGCAAUGGUGGUCAGGCCGGGGGCCUGGGAAACUUGCUUGGCGGAGCCGGAGGCGGAGGUGGCCUUGACCUGGGUGGUCUGCUCGGGGGCGGAGCAGCAGCAGGAGGGAAUGGUGGCGCUGGCCUGGGAGGGCUUCUCGGGGGAGGAGCCGCAGCAGGAGGUAACGGUGGCGGAGGUCUGGGAGGGCUUCUUGGAGCAGGCAACAAGGGCGCUGGAGGAGACGGUGCAGGCGCUGGAGCUGGAGAUGGCAACGCGGGAGAAAACCAGGGCGGGAAAGGCGAUGGCGCUGGAGCCGGAGCCGGAGCCGGAGCUGGUAACAACAACAACGGAGGCGACGGCGCUGGAGCCGGAGCUGGAGAUGGCAACAACGACAACAACAACAACGGAGGCGAUGGUGCCGGCGCCGGGGAAGGCAAUGGCAACAACAAUGGCGGUGUCGGCAACGGCGCCGGCGCAGGAGGUGACGCCCAGGACGAAGGCCCCAUCAUCAUCGACCCCAACACUGGCGACAAAGUUGACUUCCCCGCUGGUCCUGGCGAUGGCGGCAAUGUCCUCGAUGGCAUCCAGCCUCCCCCCGCUGGCGGCAACGGAACUGCCCCCGCAACGCCUGCUGAAGGCAAAAAGAAGGUCGUCGACACCCCUGCCGGUGGGAAAGGCAUGAUGCAGAUGCCUGGGAAUGCUACGGACCCUGGCCAAGCUAUGGCACCCCCCGCUGAAGGCAAGAAGGACGCUGGCAAAGGCAAGGAGGAGGUCGCGCAACCGCCCGAAGCUGGUGCCGGGAUGGGAGAUGAGGUCGUCCAAGACCCUGCCGCUGGCGACGGAGCCGAGAAAGUCAAGGAGAAGGAAGACGGUCCCACGAGCGGGAUGGAGCAGCUCGUCCCUCACGCUCGCGAUAUGGUCGCUCGCUUCAUGCGCAGGGCCUUUUGGGCGUGA